AUGAUCAUGAUUGCCAACUCGGUGGUAGACAGUCACUCUGGUGAAGACGAGAGUCUGUACGGAGCACUGGACAGAAGAAACAUACGAACUGUGAGCUUUGGAGAGUUCACUUUCGACACAUGGUACGGCAAUUCGGUGUAUUUUGCUGCAAAUAAGCCUGAUAUGCUGGGCUUCAAGCACGUGAACGAGAAACUGCCAGCGAAGAAGACCAGUGCCAAAGAGGUAUCGGAGUUCCUCAAGACUCACGAGUAUUGGCUGGAUACGUUAUAUGUUUGUCCGACCUGUUUCAAGUAUACAGACUCUGAAAAUUCUCUUGCGGUCCACUCAAAAGUUUGUUCAUACAAGUCAAAAUUGCCAGGGAAACUCAUGUACCGAGAUAAGGCUUAUUCAAUAAGGAAAGUGAAAGGCGCAAGACACCCGGUGUAUUGCCAAUGUAUGUGUCUUUUUGCAAAGCUAUUUCUGGACAACAAAUCUGUCUUUUUUGGACUGGAAUAUUUUGACUUCUUUGUGGUCUACGGCGAUGUUAAGGGCCAGCAGGUUCCUAUGGGAUUUUUUUCCAAAGAGCUUCUAUCGUGGGAUGGAAACAAUCUUGCGUGCAUCUUGGUGUUUCCGCCUUUCCAGCGACGCAAGCUGGGCCACCUUUUAAUUGCAUUCUCUUAUGAGCUUUCUAAGAGUGAGGGAAAGGUUAGCGGACCCGAGCAUCCUCUAUCGCCUUUCGGAAAAAUUGGCUACGUGACGUUCUGGGCAAAGACCCUGGCCAGAGAAUUGCUGGUUGGUGAGCUCUCCACGGUGAAAGACACUACGUUGGAAAUUAUCUCGAAGACCACAGGAUUCCGUUCUGAUGAUAUAAUAAUGGCACUGGAUUUUAUGGGAGCUCUCUAUACGAAGGGCAAGAAGGAACAAUACCUGGAUUACUAUCCACUUCCCAGUGAAGAGGGAUUCAUCAAGGUGGUCGACGAUAACUUCAAACUGUUGAUAGUGAAGGAGAAAAUUCGCGAAUGGACUAUCUCCAAGAAGCUGACUUAUACGCCUGUCAUCAACGUAAAGAAUCUGUUGUUAUAUUAG